AUGCUCGAAAAUUCAAAGUUACCGGAAAAUCCAAGCACCGCCACAAGCAACCAGAAUAAUGAGGAGGUUGCUGGCGGCGGUGAGCCAGCCUCGGUUGGGUUUGAAGAGGAAGAUAGGGCGGGACUUGAAGAGGGUUACCGGAACUGGGCCGGUAAUCGAUGGCCUCGCCAAGAGACUUUGGCUUUGCUGAAGAUAAGGUCAGAUAUGGAUGCUGAGUUCAAGGAAGCAAGUAUUAAGGUUCCUCUUUGGCAAGAGGUGUCCAGGAAAAUGGGAGAGCUUGGACAUAAUAGGACCGCCAAGAAAUGCAAGGAGAAAUUUGAGAACAUAUACAAGUACCACAGAAGAACUAAAGAAUCUGGUCGACCCAAUGGCAAGGCUUAUAGGUUUUUUGAGCAAUUAGAGGCUCUAGACCACCACGAUUUUGAACUUCCUCCUCCUCCUGCUUCUGAAAAAGUUCAAACUUCAGUAGCAGAAAUAGCAACAAACCCAACAAAUGUUGUUUACAACGCAAUCCCAUGUUCUUCUAUUCAACAUCCGGAUUCAAGUUUUGUUGAAAACUCUAGUUCUACCACAUCGUCUUCGAGCAAAGAAUCUGAAGGCACCCAUAAGAAAAAGAGGAGAUUAACUGAGUUCUUUGAGAGGAUGAUGAAUGAAGUGAUAGACAAGCAAGAAAAUUUACAGAAGAAGUUUGUAGAGGUAUUGGAGAAGCAUGAACAAGAUCGAAUAGCAAGGGAAGAGGCAUGGAAGAUGCAAGAAUUGGCUAGAAUUAAGAGAGAAAGAGAGAUACUAGUUCAAGAGAGGUCGGUUGCAGCUGCAAAGGAUGCUGCUGUUCUUGCAUUUCUGCAGAAGUUUUCAGAACAAUCAGGCACAAUGCAAUUUCCAGAACAAGCAUUUUCAGUGCAUUUCCCAGCACAACCACCGUCAUCAAUGCAAUUUCCAGAGCAACCGUCCCCAGUGCAACUUCCGGAGCAACCACCAUCAGGACAAUUUCCAGAGCAAUCAACCCCAGUGCAAUUGCCUGUUAACUCACAAGCCGACACAUUUAUGGACAAGCAAGAAAAGACAAAUGAUGCAAAUGUUGUGCAUAUGAGUUUGGAUAAGCAAGAAAGGAAUAAUGGUAGAAGUUAUAUGCAUAUGAGCUCUUCACGGUGGCCUAAAGAGGAAGUUGAAGCUUUGAUUAAGAUCAGAGCUGAUUUUGAUUUGCAGUAUCAAGAAAGUGGACCUAAAGGGCCUCUGUGGGAGGAGAUUUCAGCAGCCAUGGAGAAUAAAAGAAAGCAACAAAAAAGGCCUGAGGAUUCAAAGACAUGUGGUUAUGUUCGCCUGCUGGAUGCUUUGCACAAUAAGAAGACUAAUAGCGUUGAGAGUCAAGUUAACUCUACUUAUGAAUUGAAGCCUGAGGAGCUAUUGAUGCAUAUGAUGGGUGGGCAAGCAGAGCAGCAUCAGCCGGAAACAGUGACUGAGGACGGUGAUAGCGAGAAUGUUGAUCAGAUUCAAGGAGAUGAUGAAAAUGCAGAUGGAGAUGGAUAUCAAAUUGCAUCCGGUAAUCCUUCUUCAAUGGCAAUUAUGAGCUGA